AUGAGGCUUUCUGUUGGACUUGCAAAGCCAUGCACAGUCCCACCCACUAGAGACAUGACAUUGGUGGGCUGCACUCUCACUCAGCCCAUAAAACUCAACAAAAAGUUCAUACCAAACCAACCUCUGAAGAAAUGGCAAGGCUUGCUUGACCCGGUUCGCCACGAUUCCACUGCGUCCAGACCGGUUAGACUAAGACAGAAAUGGAUGGAAAUUCAAGGUAUUCGAAACUGGGAAGGUUUGCUUGACCCUCUUGAUGAUAAUUUACGUGGAGAAAUUCUUCGAUAUGGAGACUUUGUCGAUGCUGCAUAUAAGUCCUUUGACUUUGAUCCUUCAUCACCCACCUAUGCAACCUGCCGGUUCCCAAAGAGCACAUUGUUUGAACGGUCCGGUUUACCGGAUACUGGUUACCGGCUAACCAAACAUCUGCGUGCAACAUCGGGAAUCCAACUCCCACGUUGGACGGAAAAAGCACCUAAUUGGAUGUUUACCCAGUCCAGUUGGAUUGGAUAUGUAGCCGUUUCUCAAAACAAGGCAGAAAUCACGAGGCUAGGACGCAGAGACGUGGUGAUUGCCUUUAGAGGUACUGCCACUUGCCUUGAAUGGCUGGAGAAUCUUAGAGCAACCCUUACUCAACUGCCAGAUACAGAUUGUGAAAAAAAGGGUUCUGACGAGUGUGGACCCAUGGUAGAAAGUGGAUUCUUGAGCCUUUACACUUCAGGAACAACAAUGGGUCCUAGCUUGCAAGAAAUGGUGCGUCUAGAGAUCAAAAGGCUACUCCAAACUUAUGGAGACGAAACUCUUAGCUUAACCGUUACAGGUCACAGUCUUGGGGCUGCACUUGCUACCCUUGCAGCUUAUGACAUUAAGACUGCAUUCAACCGUUCGCCACUUGUGACUGUCAUUUCUUUCGGAGGUCCGCGUGUUGGUAACCGGAGUUUCAGACAGCACCUGGAAAAACAAGGAACCAAAGUCCUGCGUAUAGUAAAUUCAGAUGAUGUAAUAACAAAAGUACCUGGAUUUGUAAUUGAUGGAGAGAAUGACUUGGCAAAUAAAGGAGACCCCAAUAUGGCGAGCUUGCCUAGUUGGAUCCAAAAAAAGGUCGAGGAUACACAAUGGGUCUAUGCAGAAGUUGGGAGAGAGCUAAGACUUAGUAGCAAGGAUUCUCCAUAUCUCAAUGGCUUCAAUGUAGCAACAUGUCAUGAUUUGAAGACUUACCUGCAUUUGGUGGAUCGAUUUGUAAGCUCCUCUUGUCCAUUUAGAGCGAAAGCAAACCAAAGAGGUUUUCUUAGUAACCACAUUAAUUAG